AUGGACAACAAGUUUGAAGGAUUUCUGCCACCGGCGACGCCAAAACGCCAUGUCUCCCGCUCGGCUUUCCUCUUGGCCCCCCUUCUCGCAUUCCUGGCAUUGUACAACUUCGUACCUCAGGCAAGGGAAUCUGUCCAGGCAUUUUUUACCCUCGAAAAUUGGGCGGAGUCUGCUCCCAAAGUCACGCUGAAGCAAGGCACUUUGGUUGGAAAGUUGCUGGACGAAGCAAACCAUCCGGUUCCGGUCGAGGCCUUCCUUGGAGUCCCAUAUGCCUUGCCACCGACUGGAGAGCGACGAUUUGCGAGAGCUGUACCGGUACCGGACAGCAACGAUACAUUCCAAGCGAAUGAAUAUUCGUUGAGAUGCCCUGGCAAGCAACUGCUGAGAAUUCCCGGAACACCAUGGCUCGAGUCGAGUGAAGACUGCCUCACACUCAAUGUCUUCAGAUGGCGAGGCAGCUUCUCACACCGGACGAAGCACCCGGUUCUAGUCUAUAUCCAUGGCGGCGCCUUCAACCGCGGAUUCGCGGCUAUGCACGACACGGCAUCCAUGCUUUCCUGGUCGGAGGAGCCUUUCGUUGCGGUUUCCUUCAACUAUCGCAUUGGAGCGCUGGGCUUCUUGAACAGUGAGUUGACUGCCAAGGAGGGCCUCCUCAAUCUUGGCCUUCACGACCAGAAGCUGGUGCUCGAAUGGGUCCAGCAGAACAUCGAGGCAUUCGGUGGUGAUCCCAACGAUGUCACGAUUGCUGGUCUCAGCGCGGGUGCUCACUCGAUCGGUCACCACAUCAUGGAUGUCAACGAGGAGCGCACUUUGUUCCACAAGGCAGUCAUCGAGUCUGGCGGCGCUUCAUCCCGGGCUGUACACCCACCGGAGUCGAAGCUGCAUAAGGUCCAGUUCGACAAGUUCGUAGCAGAGGUUGGAUGCGCUGGAAAGCCAGAAUCUGAGAUCUUAUCAUGCCUGCGCGAGGCUUCUUCCGAGACCGUCACAGCUGCUCAGACCAAAGUAUUCGACGAGUACAACCCUUCCGUGCGAUGGGCCUGGCAGCCUGUUCUAGACGACGACAUCAUCUCUCGCCGACCCCUGGAUGCCUGGAAGUCUGGCAAGUGGCACAAGGUCCCAAUCAUAACUGGCUUCAACCACAACGAGGGCACGAUGUAUGUCCCGAAGCAGAUUAAGAGCUCCAGCGAGUUCACGGAUUUCUUCUCGACCCUCCUGCCACAGCUUCACAAGGCAGAUCUCAAGAAACUGAAUGAGCUCUACCCUGAUCCAGCAAAGAAUUCUGCAUCUCCUUACGUCGAUGGCCGCAACCUCUCUGCACUUGGCAUCGGCGAACAAUACAAGCGGGUCGAGGCUGCAUAUGGCCACUAUGCGUAUGUUUGCCCUGUCCGCCAGACCGCCAACUUCGCGAGCGAUGGUCAAGAAUCUCCUGUCUAUCUGUACCACUGGGCAACCAACAAGACAGUCAUCGGCGGCGCAAACCACGGCGACCAGAUCUGGUAUGAGACGAUGUCACCUUUGGUGCGAAAUGUGUCUCCGACCCACGAUGAGAUUGCGAGAUACUUCAAUUCGUACGUUACUAGCUUUGUUGUCACUGGUGAUCCGAACGGACUCAAAGGCCGAACUCGAAAAGCCGUGACACGUCCAACCUGGAGCAAGUUCGGCGCAGAGAGAAAGACGAUGGUGUUUGGCCUGGGUAAUGAUGAAGCUGCGGGUGGCAGCAACAAGGGUGUGGCAGCUCAGUUCGUUGAUGAUGAGUGGGCCAAGGCAGAGUGCAACUUCUGGUGGGAGAAGUCUGAGACGUCAGAGGAUUGA